AUGGAAUAUUCAUGCAUUGGAUUAAAUAAUUUACCUGAUGAAAUUCUUAUGAUUAUUUUUCAAAAAUUGAACAAUAUUGACGUACUUUAUUCUUUCCAUGAUGUCAAUCAGCGACUAAAUAAAAUAAUUUAUGAUCGAACUUUUACAAGUCAUUUAACUUUUGUCAAAUGGUCAUUAGAUAAUUGUAUUGAUCUAUUUUCUUCUGAUAUAAUGUUUUAUCGAUUUUGUUUACAAAUUUUACCUUCGAUUCAUGAUAAAAUUCAACGGCUUGAUCUUGAUUCAUCAUCUAUAAAACAUGUUUUACGUGUUGCCAAUUAUCCUAACUUAGAUAGUCUUGGUCUUUAUAAUAUUGAUGAAGAGUCAGCUCAAUGUAUUUUUAAUGACUAUAUUAUUGAAUAUAUUGAUUAUAUAUGUUUAGAUGAAACUCUUUCGAGUAUUUUCAAAAAUCGGAUAACAACACUUGUUAUUACAAUAUAUAAUAAUAAUGAUGAUAAUUAUGAAGGGAAGAUACUGUCAGUGAUAAAUACAUGUGAUAAAAUCUUCACUGUUUUCACUCAUCUGACUUCUUUUGUAUUAUAUGAAUCAUCGUAUAAAAAUCGUGUUCGAUUAAGUUUUGAUGAUCUAUUAUAUCCUAAUUUUCGUUCUUCAAUUCUUUUGAAAUUAAUUAUCAACGUACAUUCUUUUGAUGAUUGUUUUUAUCUUCUCGAUGGUCGUUUUGAUCAACUUCACACGUUCCAUGUCGAUUUGGCUAAUACUUGGUGUCCAGAUGAAAUUAAAAAUCAAGUUAGUUUUACAAGAAAAAAAUUCAAUGUUGUCAAACAAUAA